UAUAAAUAAAUAGAAACAAUCAAAGGAACACGUUUAAUCGUGUUUAUAAAACACAACUUCUCCGCUUCCCCUCAUUCUUCUUCUUCACAUUCAAAAAGCCCGAUUAGAGAAUAUGGAAGAGGAAGGUUGCGAAUGCAGGCCAUUGGGUUUCUUGAUAGGAUUGCCCUUUGCUCUUUUGGCUUUGAUUUUAUCUCUACUGGGUGCAGUUAUCUGGCUUUUUGGGUCUAUAUUGAGUUGUUUGUGUCCAUGUUGCAUUUGUUGCGCCGGAUUGGCAAAUUUGGCUGUCAGUCUUGUAAAGCUUCCAGUUCGAGUUCUUAGAUGGUUCACUCACCAAAUUCCUUGUUAGAGGAUACUAUCUUUUUAAUCUACCCAAUUCCUUUAUAGUAUACGAUUCAUUUGUUUUGUAACAAUUUUUAGCCUUUUUUUUUUCCUUUGGAUUUGCCUAUUUUUAUUAUUAAUUAAACUUGUCAUCACUAUAUAUACUAUUUAUUGUCUAUUAUAUAGCCUACAAAUUACAGAUUAAUAUGUUUUGGGUA